AUGUUGUCUUCAAACUUGUUACUCUUCUCUCUAGCUAUAUUAAUCAUUACACUCCUCAGAAUACCAAAUAUUGCUUAUGCAUCUUUGGAGGAAACCAAUGCUUUACUUGAAUGGAAAUCAAGCCUUCAAAUCCCCAGAAACUCCUUGCUCUCUUCAUGGAUUCCCCUCCCUAUGAAUUCCAGUGCAUCAGUUCAAUGCACUUCUAGGUUUGGAGUAGUUUGCAAUGCUGAUUGGAGCAUUCACAGGUUGAACCUCAGUUCAUCUGGAUUUAAAGGUACACUCCACCAAUUUGCAUUCUCUUUCUUACGAAAUCUUACACAUUUUGAUCUCAGUGUUAACAACUUCUUUGGCCCCAUCCCACCAGAAAUCAGACUCCUAACAAAACUUGUAUAUCUUGAUUUAUCAUUGAAUAAGUUUUCUGGAAUAAUCCCACCUGAAAUAGGAAAUCUGCACCAGCUUACCAUCUUGUACCUAUACUCAAACAAUAUAUCUGGAUCAAUACCUAUUGAACUUGGGAAUUUAAAGUCUCUCACUGAACUUGAGGUGAGCAACAAUCAACUUAAUGGUUCAAUUCCUUCAUCACUAGGAAACCUGGACAAUGUACAACGCCUGAUCCUCAAGGAUAAUAAAUUUUCUGGUCCCAUUCCUACUGAACUUGGGAAUUUGAAGUCUCUCACUCAUCUUGGGGUGAGCAACAAUCAACUUAGUGGUUCUAUUCCUUCAUCAUUAGGUGCUUUGACUUCUUUAGUUGCCCUUUAUAUGCAUUACAAUCAGCUUUCUGGUCCCAUUCCUAUCCAAAUUGUGAAUUUGAAAUCUCUUAGUGAUCUUAGGAUGAAAAACAAUCAAAUUAGUGGUUUUAUUCCUCCGGAGUUUGGAAAUUCGACUCAACUUCAGAGGCUUUAUCUGUCUUCGAAUCAUUUGGUUGGUGAGAUCCCAAAGGAGUUUGGGAAGAUGAAAAGUAUGUUGUAUUUGUACUUAUCUGAUAACCAACUUUCAGGUAUCAUACCUCUGGAGCUUCAAUUCUAUGAAUUCCUUGAAAAACUUGAUUUGUCUGGAAAUAGAUUGAAUGGGUCUAUACCAAAAAGUAUUGGUCAUUGGGCACACAUCCACUACUUGAAUCUUAGUAAUAACCAGCUUAGUGAGAAAAUUCCAUCUGAGAUUGGUAAAUUAGGUCAACUUACAGAACUUGAUUUGUCUCAGAAUUUGCUUACAGAAGAGAUACCAUCAGAAGUUUAA